AUGGAGAAACCCGAGGAAUCCCGCACUGUGAAGAAACCGUGGAACUGUGGCGACUGUGGUAAAGGCUUCUGUGCCCCGGCCCUUCAGCUGCCCCGAGUGCAGGAAGGGUUUACCCAGGCAUCCACCGUGCUGACCCACCGGCAGGUCCACACGGGGGAGAGGCCUUUCAGCUGCCCUGAGUGUGGGAAGGCCUUCAGCAAUUCCUUCGCCCUGCUGAGGCACCAGCGAAUCCACAAGGGGGAGAGGCCACUCUCCUGCCCCGAGUGCAGGAAGGCCUUCAGUGAUUCCUCCCACCUGCUGACCCACUGGCGGGUCCACACAGGGGAAAGGCCCUUCAGUUGCUCCGAGUGCAGGAAAGCCUUUACCCAGGCCUCUGCCCUGCUGAUCCACCAGCGGCUCCACACAGGGGAGCGGCCCUUCAGCUGCCCAGAGUGCGGUAAAGGCUUCAGCGACUCCUCCACCCUUCAGACCCACCAGCGGGUCCACACGGGGGAGAGGCCCUUCAGCUGCUGUGAAUGCGGGAAGUGCUUUACCCAGGCCUCUGCCCGGCUAAGACACCAGCGGUCCCACACCGGGGAGAGGCCCUUCAGGUGCCCCGAGUGCGGGAAGGGCUUUGCUCGGGCCUCCAACCUCCAGACCCACCAGCGGAUCCACAUGGGGGAGAGGCCCUUUAGUUGUCCCAGGUGCAGUAAGGUGUUCACCUGCUCCUCCCACCUGCAGAGGCACCAGCAAGUUCACGUACCAUAGCAGGGGCAUUGAAGGAGUGACGGCUGAGUGCCAUUAUCGACUGGAGUAUUAACCCAGUUCCGGUGUCUCCUGGGUUCGAAUCCUGCCAUGGCAGAUGGUAAAAUUGGAAUUCAGUGAGUAAUCUGGAGUUCCAAGUCUAAUGAUGAAGCCAUUUUUGGGGGGAGUUGGGGUGAAGGGGGUGGGAGAAAACCCCCAUCUGAUUCACUCACGUCGUUUAUCGGGAAGGAAACUACCGUUGUGGGAAAGGAUUCACUCAGUCGUCCCAGCUGCAUCCUUUACCCUGUCUGGCCUAUGGUUGAAUCCACCCUCCACCUCCCCCCCCCCCCCCCCCCCAUCCUCUUCCCCCAUCCCAAUUCUCUCCCCCACUGGGCCCCUCCCUCUCCCCAGCAAAUGAACAGGGAGAAACCUACUUGGAUACAGAGUAUACGUUGAAAUUGCUGAGUGAGGCAAUACUUCGUACAGGUUAAGAAAGGGAGUGUGUGCGCUUUAACCUUGAGCUAUUUUUAAAUGAAAAGCUACUUUUUCUACGCCUUUUUGCUGAGGGGAAUCUGAAGCUGUAACAAAGUUGGGUCACAAUAAAGGGUUACCUGAACUUA